UCAAAUCAACUAAGCAAACAAUGGACUCUUCCCAAAUCCAUAAUACAACAAAUCUCUAACAAAUCCUUGGGUUUUUAAAAUUGCUCUUGAGGACCGAGGAGGACGAAGGCUAGAAGUGGUAGUCGUGAUAUCGGUUUGUCAACAAACCGGGUUGACAAACCUUCAUUUUCAAAUCCAUGAAGCAAACGACCCCUAAGUCGACUUCGUCUUUUUAAAUUGCUCUUGAGGACCGAGGAGGACGAAGGCUAGAAGUAGUAGUCGUGAUAUCGUUUGGAGCAAGGUUGUCAACCCGCGGGUCGAUCCGGACUCGGACGAGCUAGUGGGUCAAGGGUUAAUGGGUCACCCGGUUUAGCCCAGUUCAGCCCAAAAAUAUAAAAAGCCAUUAUAUUGUAAUUAUCUUGAAUCCAACAUAAAAAAUACAACACUAUUUAAACUCCAACACACUUAAAUAACAUCAUCUUAAAUUCAACAUAGUAAAAAUUCAAUGACACUUCGGAAUGAGCAACCCGUUGACUCGCUCGGACGGGCCAACCGCCCAGGUUUUCCCGGGUUUUCCCGGUUUGACCAUUUCCGGGCUAACUCUCAAAUGGGUAGUUCUAACGCGUUUUCAAGGGCAGGUCCGGGUUAACCCGGGUCAACCUAUGGGUUGACAACCUUGGUUUGGAGCUUUGGAGGCCGGAAGGGCCGAGUUGGGUAACUCAUGCCUCAUUGGUGGACUGGCGUUAGCACUAGGUCGGCUGGGUAGGUAAUUGGGCUAGAGCUUGCUGUUGAUUGAUGUUUUACUGCGGUUAGUUAUUUGAAUCACUUUUUAUUCACUAUAGUUAGUAGUUAAUCCUUUAAUUGCAAAAUGAUAAUUUCUACAAACCACAACAGUAAAAGACCCUCCUUUAAAAAUUUAGCAUUUAGUAGCUUAUCGUACUUAUAUUAUGCAGUUGUGAUCUAACCGCAAAUCUGCAACCGUUUUCCACCCCUUACUCCAUACCUAAUUCGGUGCAUUUUUGUCAGUGUUGAAGCUGAGCCAUUCCACAAAGGAUUGGCACGCCACCGAAAAGGGGCUUUGGCCAUUUGAUAUGUGUGCAUCAUUGACUCAACCCUUGGCCAUGCAAGAACCAGCCUCACCUUCUCAAUACGGGACGACUCCCUCGUUCUUCUUUUUAUUCUUUAGUUUCAUCAGGUCUCAUUUCAAUCUGGUAACUGAUGACUCGAUAUUUGCACAUGUUUCCCCCUUUGUUUCUUGAUCGUUUAAGCCUGGAUUAUCGCUUCUUUGGCCUAUUUUACGCUAGGUUGUGUUACUUUGUCACAUUUAAGGUCCUAGCACAUAAAGUGAAGCGUAGGCGCAAGUUUCAAGUCAAUCGGAGAUCAAUUGGCGACUCGGGGGAAGAAACUCGGGUAUGACUUGAAGAAGAAUGGAUUUCUAUCUCUGUUUGUGACUAUAUAAUCAUGUAAUCUUGUCAUGAGAAGAAAGAGGACGAGACUACGAGUAACUGGGAUCAAACGACACCUGAUUUGGAGUCCGAACGAGGGAGAAACGAAGAAUCAAAGAUAGGGGAAAAUUGGUUUCGGGCUUCUCUGAGAAACAGAAGGGGGCCCUAUCGUGACACUAAAAUCCCCGGUAGGGGAUUUUUGGCCGUGACAGGGGAUUUUCCCCUGUCUGCAGACGUUGCGUUUUCAAAAAUCCCCGGUCGUGAACCAAAAAUCCCCGGUCGUGACAAAAAAUCCCCGACAGGGGAUUCUGACCGGGGAUCACGAACGCAGGCUGUUAAAAGCCUGUUUUGUGCGUUUUUGCAAGGGAGAGCUGGGUUUUGGAUCCCAAACACCCAAGGGACGAAUCAAAGAGAGAGAGGGUGAUUUGAGGGCAUUCUAAGAGUGGAAUUGGAGGAUUUCUUUGCCUUGAAAGCUCGAGGAACAAGCCCGGACUUGAAGACUGAUCAUCUAAAGAUUCUUACUGCAGUCUCUCUCUUCUCUAUGGAGUAACUUCCCUUCACUUAGGUUUUGAGGAACCCUAGCUAUGUUUGUUUGAUAGGAUGAUUGUAUGAGUAAUCCUACUUGAUAAUCUUGAGUUCAUAUUCAAUCUAUGCACGUUUUCAUGAUUCAAUUCUGCUUUAGUCGAGAUUAUUGAUUUUGCUUUGAUCCUAUGAGAGCGAAUACUUGAUUAUGUCAAUAGAGCACCAUAGAUUGAUAGUAUUGGAUCAAUUGCUUUAGUCGAGGGUUGGUUCACUGCUUUGUAUCGAUUGAGAACCUCAUUCGAUAGAGGGAAUCUAGUUCAGAAUGCCUUGAUCGGUUGUUCUAGAGAAGGAUACGUCCCUCUAGGCAAUUGACUCAAGAGGGCCUUGUUCCAUUAGUCGAGACUCAAAGUCUAGUCAAGGAUUCUCCGCAUUGUGAAUGAAAGUGAAACAAGCUAGAAAUUAUCAAUCGUUAAUCUGGCUAGUGGCUAGGGGGAAUCAUACCGAAGUGAGUUCCCAACCUGUAAUUAGAUUAACUUUAACUGUAGUUUGCUAGAGUAGUUUUGGUUCUUUCAUCUUAAUCUGGUUUGCUAAAUAAUAAACUGAAGCUGAGUAAUAGUAACUCUAGAGACCCGUGGAUUCGAUAUUUAUCACUUGAGCCACUAUACUGCAGUCCCUUUCAAUGGUUACACUUGGCCUUUGUUAGGAGUUGUGUCAUAGCGAGUCAAGUUUUUGGCGCCGUUGCCGGGGACUUUCUAGAGUAUUAGGAAAGGCAGAAGUUUGUUACUUUAGCUUUUUUCUUUUCUUAUCUUUUCGUUUCUUUUCUUUUCUUUUCCACCCUUGAUUUUCACUUGGGUGUUUUUGUUUUUGUUGGUGCAGAUAUGAAUCAUGGAUCCUCAUGGCUUCUCCAACAAUUGGGGGUAUCCACCACCACCACCCAAGUGGUAUUACCCCGAGACUCCCUGGAGCAAUCAAGGAGGAGAAGACUAUGGAUUUGGGUUCUAGUACCAACCCCCUUACUACGGAGAACAAUCGGACCCCUGGGCAUAUCAAGAACAACCUCAUUACCAAGAAGAAUUUCUCCCACAACCAGAAGGGCCAUCAGCGCUGGAGUUACCCAUGGCGGCCUUCACGAGCCAUUCUGCAGAGCCAUGCUACACUCCACAGCCAGAUCCAAACUAUGAAAUGAGGCUUCUCAUGGAACAGUUUGCUCGAGACAGUGAGAGAACAUGCUCAAGGAUGGAUCAUUAUGUCCAGGCAUAUCGUGAAACAGAGGAGAUCCUCCUGAGCCUUAAGAAGAGCGUUGAUGAUCUUGAGCGAUCUUGUGCACAACCUGCUCCCGAUCACCCUUCUGCUACCAUACUAGAAGAGGAGGAGGAAGAAGAAGGCUACAAGGACAUUGUAGAGCACACUAAAGUUGUCACGGAGAGCUCCCGUGAUGAUCAUGAUCAGGAAUGUCCUGUCAUAGCCGACCACACCUUCCCACAUCCCAAACUGAGCUUUGAAGAGGCGGGCAUGAGUGAGGAGAUGCAAGAAGAUCUCAUGAAAGAAAUUUCUUGGCAGCUUGCUCUCCAAUUCGUGCUAGAAGAAGAAGAGCGAGAAAGGGUGCAGAAAGAAGUUUUGGAGGAUGACGAAAGUGAAGCAGAAGGAGUUCUUGAUCAUUUCCCAGGGGUGAUACCACAUGAAGAAGAAAGGGAGGUUGAAGAAGCAAUUGGCGUCCAGGCUGAGGACAGAGUUAAGGUGGAAGAGGCCUGCACCGGCCAUGAGUUACAUGUGAUAUCUUUACCAGUCUUCGAGGAACUGCUUAGCAAGGACCCAUUUGCAGUGUCUCUUUGCCAGACCAACGCCACAUCAACAUUGGUCCCUCUUGGUGGACGCGAUGGUGGUAAAUCGAUGCUGUCAUAUCCAGUUUGGGGCAAUGAGACGAGAGGAGAGAAGAAGAGGUCUCGAGGGUGGAGACUUCAUCUGCAUCAAGUGCAUGAGCCUUCAUCACCUGCCACACCACAUGCUCGUAACUUGAGACUCCACCUCAUUGACGAGAACCUCAACUUCAAAGAGGUUCUGGGGUGGACCGAAACUUAGAAGCCAUCGUCCGGCUCAGUACGUGAAAGAAGCGCUUGUUGGGAGGCAACCCAACCAGUCGGUUUGCAUUUCUUUCUCUAUUUCUCCUCGGUUGAGUCAGUUUUGUUAUUUGAUUUUAGAGUCAAUAACUCAACCUUUGUGAGAUUCUGUGUGGUGUUUGUGUUCUGACCACUCUCUCCUCCAGGAAUACACCGCUUGCCCCGUCCACCAUCAUUCACCCUGGAUUUGGUAACUUCGUUCUACCCUCCUUAUCUUUCCUCCAUUGAGGAAAAUGUCGUGCUUAAGUGUGGGGGGAUGUUCGAUUAUGUAUGCGGGUGAAUGUUUGGCUGUUUGUGUGCUUGGAUCCUAGUCCACUAUCCAAAUUUUUAAAUUUGAGGGCUCCAAGUACGUGUUUCCUUGCAAAUUGCCUGCUCAGUAUGCUUUGAAUUGACAGUCUCUAUAGUAAUGUGCAACCUAGGGAGGUAGUGUAGCACUAUGGAGGAUGUUGAAGUAUAAGAUUUUACCUAUCUAGCUCUCUGCUGUGCCAGUUGAUUUUGUGAAUUAGUGGAGCUAAGACCGUUGAAUUCAUGUGGUAAUGGUGACUCUAUUUGGAUUGUGUUAUGGACUCGUGUAUCGAACAUGGUGCUCGUGUGAAAAAUGAAAUGCAAGUGGUCCUCCAUGUCGAAAUCAUUGAAAUCUUAAACAUGGGGUAAGCCCAACGUGUGUGGCACCGUUCAUUGCACAAAAUCGGGUUUUGGAGGAGAUUUUAGUGAUCUUUAGUGGGGUACUCCUACAAGGUGAAGCUAAGCUGUCUCUAGUACAAGUAAAACUUCCACCCGUUGAACAGUUUUCCUACUUGAGGAUGUGUUUUUAAGGGCACGGAUAGAGCUUCCGACCCCCCUUAAUUUCAUUGACCCUCCACACAAGUUGUAGUAAAGGAGUUAAAAGAAGUGCUCUGGCGAGCGCCAGGUGUACAGAAAUUGCUCUUUCUCGACUAAUAAGGGUCGACCGUGCAAAAGACUGCAGUUGGAACCACCGCUAAGUGAAUGAAAAAAAAAAAGAUCUAAAGUGAAAGUGAAAAAGGGGUUCCAACGGUGAAAUGAAGUGAAAGAGCACCCCGGUACAACGAGUCCUUGGUUGUGAAUUGUAUGAGUCCCUUUAUCCAUGAACUGACUGUCUUACUUCCACUGCUUCUCAUGAUCCUGGCUUGAGUCUAGUACUCGCAUUGAGAGAGAUAGGGAACGUCUUAGAAGACCAGUUGACCUCGUAAGCUGCUAUAUGAUCUAGAAAAUCCUCUAUCGACGAUCGGGGUUGUUGGUUGCUAUAGAGGUCUGGAGAGCUGCAUUGGUUUGAGUUAGGUUUGCUUGGGGACAAACAAACGGUUAAGUGAGGGGGGAUUUGAUGACUCGAUAUUUGCACAUGUUUCCCCCUUUGUUUCUUGAUCGUUUAAGCUUGCAUUAUCGCUUCUUUGGCCUAUUUUACGCUAGGUUUUGUUCCUUUGUCAUAUUUCAGGUCCUAGCACAUAAAGUGAAGCGUAGGCGCAAGUUUCAAGUCAAUCGGAGAUCAAUUGGCGACUCGGAGGAAGAAACUCGGGUAUGACUUGAAGAAGAAUGGAUUUAUACCUCAGUUUGUGACCAUAUAAUCAUGUAAUCUUGUCAUGAGAAGAAAGAGGACGAGACUACGAGCAUCUGGGAUCAAACGACACCUGAUUUGGAGUCCGAACGAGGGAGAAACGAAGAAUCAAAGAUAGGGGAAAAU